GCGAGUGACCAAAUGACGUAAAUCUUCUGCGACGCCGGCUUGUGCCUGUUCGUCUGUUGGAUGGUCGCAUGAACACAUACGCUGGUGUGACUGAUCGUUUGGAGCCCAAAGAGACAUUGCAUUUCAUACCAACAACAUCGUGUGAAAAUGCCAGUGUGUAACUUCUUCCUCCAGGGCCGGUGUCGUUACGGUGACCAAUGUUGGAACGACCACCCGACAGGAGGAAGCCGAGGAGGAGGAGGAGGAGGUGGUGGAGGAGGAAGAGGAGGUGGAGGUGGAGGAUACAACAACAAUAACUACAACCGCUCUUCUGCUCCACAGCAGCCGAGGGGAGGAGGAGGAGGAGGAGGAGGAGGAUUUGGAAACAGAGUUUGGGUGAAUCCUUCCCAGCAAAAAGGAGGCUAUAUCCAGCCUUCAUCCUUCUCCUCAAGAGGAAGCGAUGAUUGGGGCGGAGGAGGAGGAGGAGGAGGAGGAGGAGGAGGAGGAGGAGGAGGAGGAGGAGGAGGAGGAGGGAGAAGAGAUAAUGUGAAGGCCUCAGAAUUCAGCUUUUCCAAUCAGAAUCAGAACAGAUUUUCAUCACUUGGUACACCGAGCACGUUCGACAGGGGAGGAAGAGGAGGUGGAGGACAGCAAGUGGUGGGCGGGGAAGAAGACAAUGAUAAAAAACUGGAGAUCAUUCAGAUGGACAUGGAUAUUUGGGAGAGCUCGGGGCAGUAUGUCUUCUCUUGUUACAGCGACUCCAAAGCACCUUUAUCUGGAUUUACUGAUCUCUCUCCUGAAGAGCUCAGGUUGGAGUUUUACUCCACUAGAGCUUCAGGAGAUCUGCAGGGCUAUCUCAGCGGCGUCAGUCAGUUGCUCAACCAGUGGAGGAGCAGAGUCCAGGAGCUCAAACUUAUGAAUCCAGCCACACGGGCAGCUUUGCUUACAGAGUUAAAUAACCCAGCAUCUCAGGCACCCUCAGGUGGCUUUAAUUCAGGGACAGCAGCUGGAUUUGGGUCGUCUUCAUCUGGCUUUGAAAGCAAAGGUUUUGGGUCUGCAGCACCAGCCCAGGCCAGCACCUUCAGCUUCGCUGCACCCAGUAGUGGAUUCGGUUCCCCUGCAGCACCACCAUCAUCUUCCACCACAGGUUUUGGCACCGCCAUAGCUGCUCCUACACAGCCUCCCUCUGGGUUUGGUUCCACCUCCACUGCGCCCUCUGCUCUCUCAGCUUCAUCCUUCUCCUUCUCCUCUCAACCUACAAGUGCGCCCACAGCUACUACAGGAUUUGGCUCCGCCUCUGGGUUCAGUUUCUCCUCAACAGCCAGCACAGGGGGAGGAUUCGGGAGCUGUUUUGGGGCUGGAGCACCUGCAGCAUCAGCGGGAGGCAGCAGCGGUUUUGGUCAGCCCGCUGCACCGGCAGCAGGAGGCGGGUCUGCAGGCACGGCAUCGGGCACUGUGUUUUCACAAGAAAGUGAACUGACUCCAGAAGAACUGAAUCAAUACAAAGCGAAGAGGUUCACUCUGGGCCAGAUUCCUUUAAAGCCUCCUCCAGCAAACAUGUUGGUGGUUUGAUGCUAACACUCUUGAAAAUAAAAAGAUAAUUUAUGCACUGCAAACUUUGAUACUUCUGAACAGUGCUGCCUCUAAACCAAGUUUUUAUACUCCUCUUAAAGAAAUGAGGGAAAACUCUUUUUGGUGAUGGUGAAGAUUUUUGUGUUUAAGCAGAUUAUGCUUUAAGUGUAUCUGCUCAAUACAAACAACAUACAUGUAGAGUUGUAUCAUAUUAAGUUCUAUUUUUGAGAUGAUUGAAUAUCUUUCAGGAAAGAUUUCUGUGAAUCAUUUUUACCUUUUCCUUUUCUUCAAGAUUCUGAAAGUAAAUAAUCAGCUGAUGAGCAACAUUUCUCACUGUAGCAUGAUUAUGGGAUUAGAAAUCGUGUUUAUUCUACCAAAAAUAAAUACAAACGUCACUUUCACUGGUUUGAAA